AUGGAUGAAUGUUUGCGAACAGCUGCUCGAACCGGAAAUGUUGGUGACUUGUACAGGUUAAUUCGGGAAGAUGGGAAUGCAUUGAGGCGCUUUGAGGAUGUGGAGUUUGUGGACACCCCUUUACACAUUGCUGCAGAACAAGGCUGCAUCGACUUCGCCAUGGAGAUAAUGAACCUGAAGCCAUCAUUUGCUCGGAAACUGAACCAAGAUGGCUGGAGCCCGAUGCACCUCGCGGUUAAAAAAGGGCAAGUAGAGAUGGCGUUAGGGUUCGUGGAAAUGGAUAAAGAUGUUGUUCGUGUCAAGGGGAAGAGUGGUAAGACUCCUUUGCACUUGGUAAGUAAAGUUGGAAACCACGAUGGUCUCCUACUGCUGGAUAGAUUUCUAGAGGCUUGUCCUGAAAGUAUUCGAGAUGGUACCACUAAGAAUCGCACUGCUUUGCAUAUUGCAACCAAAAACAAGAGACUCGACGUACUUCAAGUCCUAAUUCGAUGGCUUCGAAAGAAAGACAAAGACUAUUAUCGGGAAGUGGUGAACCGGAAAGACAGACAUGGCAAUACUGCACUUCACAUAGCUGCUACCAAUAAUCAACCUCAGAUGCUUAGAUUACUAUUAGACUGCAAGGCUGAUAAGCAUGCCACCAAUCAGGCUGGUUCCACGGCACUGGAUGUUGUAAUGGGGCAAAAUAACAGAGAAAGCAUCAGUAUUUUGCGGGGUUGCUGUAUUCCAAGAGUUUCAAACUUUAAAUAUAAGAUCCAGAAACAAAUCUCCAAGUAUCUAACGAAGGCAUCGUCACUAAUUUUUUCCGAUAUGGAUAACAUAUCAGGCGAAGACCGCAAUGCUUUACUAGUAAUUUUAGGACUUCUCCUUACGGUAUCUUUUCAAGCCGCUCUUAGCCCGCCCGGUGGAGUCUGGCAGGGCGAAAGUUCCUCAAAGUCUAGAGGGUCGUAUGAUCGAUCAGCAUUGGGGACGUCAGUCUUGCGUAAUGAGGAUUUUCUUUUAUUCUAUGUUCCGACCGAUGUGGUGUUCAUCGUAACGUUUUUCCUAACACUGGCACUGCUCAAACCUUUUCCCAAUGGUUUCAGGACAGCACUUGAAGGACUACUCGCAUUUCUUGCAGAAGUUGGUUUUUCUUUCAUCUAUGUCGAUUCUGCUUAA